GAGAAAAAGCACUUUGAAGAGAGAGUUCACCAAUCACCUCCACCAUUACCACCUCCACCAUGUUCUCUACAGCUUGAGAUGCGGAUUCUUUGAGCUUUCGUUUUUGAAUACCAAAAUCAAAAAUAAUAAAGAGAGAGAGAACCACCAACAGAGCCGAAGGAAAUAAAUACGCUCUCUCUCUCUCUCUCAUCUCGAGCUGUGAUAACUCUCGGAAUCUGGGGUUUUUAUGUUGAUUUGAUCAAUCGUUGUUGUGGAGAUGUUUGAUGGUAUCUUAGGGCGUGGUUUUGCUCCCAAGGGAAAACCACUGAUAAAACUGACUAAGAAUCGGAUCGAUGUUCUUCGGAGGAAGAGGAGUGCUACGAUCAAGUUUCUCAAGAAGGAUUUGGCUGAUCUUAUCAUUAACGGUCAUGACGCCAAUGCUUAUAGCAGGGCUGGAGGGCUUCUUGAUGAAUUAAGGAAUCUCUGGAAUCUUGACUUUGUUGAGCACACCUGUGAUUUCUUAUACAAGCAGCUCCCUACGAUGCAAAAGUUGCCGGAAUGUCCAGAAGAGUGUCGUGAAGCUGUGUCAUCGUUAAUGUUUGCAGCCUCUGGAUUUUCUGAGAUGCCUGAGCUGCGUGAACUGAGGCAAAUGUUUCACGAAAAAUACGCAGAUUCACUUGGAUUGUUUGUUAACCAAGAGCUUGUUGAGAAUAUGUCAUCAAAGCCAUUUUCUAUGGAGAAGAAAGUGAAGUUAAUGGAAGAUGUUGCAUUGGAGUUCUCUAUUCGUUGGGAUUCCAAAGAUUUUGAGAAAAGGAUUCUGAGACAGAAUAGUACUUCAGUAAAGGAGACCCCAAAAAGCACUUACGACAAGUACAAGCAUGUAGACAAGCCUGUAGACAGAAACAUGGCCUUGCCAAAAAGAGAAGAGUUUGAUAAUGGGCUUAGCUUGAACAGAAAAAAGGCUGAGGCAUCAGAAAGAAGAGAUCCUUUGUUUCGACCUGAUAAAGAAAGUUAUCAGAAUGGUCUCAGAGGAAACCAGCAUGGGCUAACAUCUAAAGAAAGGUCAGACAAUGUUAGCCACGCCUCCAGAUCAGAAAGCAAGGACAAUAAGGCAGAAAGGAAAGAGUUUCAUUUGCAACCUAAGCAAGCACCUGCGAGAGAAAGACAUCAGCCUAUUUUUAACGAAGGUGACACUAUCGUGAUGAAGGUCAAGAGUGAGAAAACCGAGGCUAUUGCCCCAGAAAGGAAAGAGUCUUAUUUACAAUCUAAGCAAGAACCGUCUAGAGUAAGACAUCAACCUAUUUUUAACGAAGGUGACACUAUAGUAAUGAAGGUCAAGCGUGAGAACCAUGUUCAAGGGAAUGGACAUCAAAAUGGUGUAGUUGGUGCGCAUAAGAAAACAGAGGUUAAUGCUUCAGAGAAACUUAAGCCUAACAGCAAGUUAGUUAUCGGAUUUAAACAAGAGAGUUUCUUUCAAGGAUACAAACAUGAGAAAAAUGAAGAGCAUGCGCAUCAGAAAGUGGAAGACAAUACCUCAAGACCUCCGAAGCCAAGUAGCAAGCCAAAGAGAGCGGAAUCUAUUGAUCCAGGUUCAAGAUACCGUAAUGGUUGGGAGAGUAAAGAAAAUGCAGUUCUUGUGGGAAAGAGCAAGGAAGAAGAUCCAUCUGGUGGUAACGUUAAUGGUGGUGGGUAUGAAUAUGAUCAUGCAAAUCCAGCAAGGAAAGUUGAGGAGCGAGAAACAGAGAGAAUGAAAGCACCUUUCUACAAAUCCCUUCCACCUCCGUACGUUAAAUCUAUUAGUAAAGGAAGGAAUGAAAAAGCUGAAGCUUCAGACAACACUGAGGCUCGUUUUGAUGGCAAAGAAGGAAAUCAUCCAGACACUGAUAAGAAUAUUUCUGGGGCAGAGAAGGGAAAUGAAGGAGGUCAUCAUCAAGGGAAUGACAUAGAUAAUGCAUCUCUGAAACGGCGAAGUAGUAGAAGAAAACACAUAGUACAAUCAGUCGGUGAUGAUCACACAAGAAGCGGAAGAAGGGAAAACUCAAGGAAAGGCCUUCAGGUCUUAGUUGAUGAGGAUGAGAAGGACAGUGAGGAAAAGAUAAUGGAUAAACUUCUCAUGCAUUACAGUAAGAAGCCUUCAAGUUACGAAAAGAACGGUGCGCAACAAGAAUCCAAAAGCAGACGUACACAUCUAAAAAAAGGAGAAUCUGAUGAAGAGAUGAUUUAUCAACCCGUCAGGUCACGUUCACUACCCCCUGAACAAUGGGCGGAGCCAUCUGAAUUACCUAGGAAAACAUUUGCCCGUGCAGCCUCGUUUCAGCCAGAACGUUCCAGUGAAGCUAAGCACGUUCACCCAAAGUUACCAAACUAUGAAGAUUUGGCUGCCAGAUUUGCAGAGCUUAAAGGAAGUUAGAUAUAUCUAUACAGUUGAUGCGUAGAAAACAUAGAUUGAGAUUAAAUAUCCCUAUUACUUACUACACAUGAUUGAUUUACUUCUUCAUAGUACUUUGUCCCAUAUUGCAUGUAUUAUCUUGGGUUUGUUAUAUACUAGUUGGAGCUAGGAGAGUGACACAUUGUUAUGGACCCCUAAAUGUUGUUGAUCAGUUGUUUUGCUCUUA